UAAGAGCAGGAAAGGCUACGCUGUGUCCCUGGCGCUUAUUCUUAUGUUUGCCGUGUUUUGUACAAUAUGUGAUAGCAAAAAAUCGCCCUUUGGUGUAGGUUUCGCCGCCAGAUUGGCUUGUACCCGGCGUCUCUGGCAGCGCCUGUUCCUCCAUCCCAACUAGAAUGGAUUCACACCCCGCAGAAUAAAUCCCGGAGAAUCAGCCCGGGUGGGGGGGUCAGAAAUUCUUCACUUCCCCUAACCCUGUGAUAACCAGCGUGGGGGGGAAGCCCCGGCUCAGCCCUACUCUCUGCUGCUGGGUCGCUCUCUUCCCCGGUCCGUUGCUUCAUGAAUCUGGACGUGCCUCCUCCCCAGGGGAUCAGACAGCAGGAGCUGCGCUCGCUGAUAGGUGCAGAGGCUUUGGGGGCGCAGAUCAGACACCGGGAGGGAGGGGUGGCAGCCCUUCCCCGCCCCCAACAUUCACAUCUCAGCCACUUUCCUGCGAGCUCCACAACCUGCCGAGCUUUGGGCGCGAGGGCUGAGCCUCUCUCUGCUCCGCUCCUGGGCUGAAGCGCCAACAGGAGGCAGCGUUCUCGGGAAGGUGGGGCGCUCAGUGAGCGGAGCCCGGCUCCGAGGCGUACCGGACAAAGGAAAGCCGGAGCCCCGGCGGCACCCUUCGCCCCCCAUAGGGGAGAGAUCCCUGGCUCCCGGACUCCGCUGCUGCUGGCAGCCCUGCGCUGGGCGCCCCAGACAAAGGGCCUGUCUAGCCGGGGAGCUAUCUGCCGGCCCGCCCUCGGCACGGCAUGUCGGCAGUGCGCAGAUACCUCUGGGACGAGUACCAGGCGGUGGGCGCCGCCCGGGGCAGCGCCCGCAGGAAGCGGCAGCGCUUCGUGGACAAGAACGGGCGCUGCAACGUGCAGCACGGGAACCUGGGCGGCGAGAGCAGCCGCUACCUCUCCGACCUCUUCACCACGCUGGUGGACCUCAAGUGGCGCUGGAAUCUGCUCAUCUUCCUGCUGACCUACACGGUAGCCUGGCUGGUCAUGGCCUCCAUGUGGUGGGGCAUCGCCUACCUGCGGGGCGACCUGCACCGCGCCCACGACCAGAGCUACCACCCCUGCGUGGCCAACGUGUACAACUUCCCCUCCGCCUUCCUCUUCUUCAUCGAGACCGAGGCCACCAUCGGCUACGGGCACCGGUACAUCACCGAGCGCUGCCCCGAGGGCAUCGUGCUCUUCCUCUUCCAGUCCCUGCUCGGCUCCAUCGUGGACGCCUUCCUCAUCGGCUGCAUGUUCAUCAAGAUGUCCCAGCCCAAGAAGCGAGCCGAGACACUCAUGUUCAGCCGGGCCGCCGUCAUAUCCCAGCGGGACGGCAGGCUGUGCCUCAUGUUCCGAGUGGGCAACCUGCGCAACAGCCACAUGGUCUCCGCUCAGAUCCGCUGCAAGCUCAUCAAGGUGAGCCUGGAGGGGGGGAGAAAAGGGGCCGGGGAGCGGGGAUGGCUUUGGCGACGGGUUUGGGGACUGGACUGGAAAAAGAGUCUCCAGAGGGUUAAAUCACAGGAGGCUUCUCCAGCAGUCAGAGGCAGCAAUGACUUUAUCAAACCCGUGCCACAGGCCUACUCUGUUCUUCGAGCUUUGCCUCAGAGGUUUGUACAAUGGGUGGGACCGAGCAGCCUGUCUGAUUCUCAUUGAGCCGCUUUCUAAGGGGGUUAACCCUUUAACCAUCCUCCAGUGACACCUAGCUUUACAGUGAGGCAAAACUCAGUCGGCGAGCGCCCCCCUUACGUUCUUUCCCCUUUGGGAUAGUGCCGGAUUUUCACGUGGGCGCUGACACUUACACCUUCCCUCGAACGCUAGCGAUUUAUGCAGCUGGAAACUCGGUUCUCUUCACUAGACUCUGAGGCUGAAUGUUUGUUUGGUGGGCCAGGGAGAAGGAUGUAGUACCUGUAGAACACUCUGAAGCAGCUAAGCGGGAAUCUUUUUCAGGGUGCUCAGAAAAUGAGGAGUGAGAGAGUUGAAUAUGAGAGGAGUUGAAAAUGGAAGUCUGAGGGAAGGAUGAAAACCUUAUUUUGGUCCAAGAAAUUGGGAGAGGGGACAUUUGCAGCCUGGUGCCUUCAAAGGUGGUGGUUUUGGUGUGUGGUUUGUGUUUUUGUUUUUUUGUUUUUUUAAAUCGGAAACACAAACCAGUGCAACUUUAUAGAACUUUCCAGGGAGCACUUCUCUUUUCAGCUGUAUGUUGUGAAACUGACUGGGAAAUAAAGUAGUUUAGUAAGGAAGACAUUAAUCAGCAGCUACUCAAUUACCAUUGGGAAAUUGUGACAAUCGGGGUCCAGAUACCCUAUGGGUGAACAGCAGGGCUGAACCCACAGAGAAUUGUGUACAAUGUUACUGAGUUUGUAAAGUAAGGGUUUUUUAUGAGAGCUUGUAAUGAUCUGUACUUGGGAGUCAUUAGGAGAUGUGUACAGGUCACUUGUAAAACAUUGUAAUUGUAACUAGGAUGCAACUGCAGUUUCAUCUCACAACAGGAAAUGAAAUAAUCAGGUAGGGCGCAGGCUAGUUGUUUUCACAAAACUAACUGCAAGCACCUAGCAUCCUACAACCUAGGGAAAAACAAUACUGGACCAUUAAGGUCCUGUUAAAAGUGAAAUGUAUCCAGAAACUGAAGGCCAGCAUUUAAGCAAGGGUGCUGUCCCUGAAAGAUUGGAUGCCAUCUAGGACAUAGAGCAUGCUUGGAAACUGUUCAGAGGCAAUAGGAAAGGUGUAUUAGAAAAGGAAAUUUAGCUAAUAUAGAAGUGUAAAGCCUGAGAUUUUGUCUUUAUGUUCUGUGUAACUUAUGUGUUUUGCUUUUCCUUACUAUUUCAUCUUUGAAUCUAUGAUUUCUUUUCUAUUAAAUAAACUUUUUUUGUUUGUUUGUUUUGUUUUUAUCCCAAGCAAGUCUCUGGUAUGCAAACUGUGCGGAAUAUGUGUCCCUAAGUGAACUGCUAACUGGGUUCAGGUUUUACUCUUUUGGGCAUGACAAACCAGAGGGCAAAAGUCUGAAUAUCUGGUAGUUAAGAACUCAAGGAAACUGAUUGGGGGGGGUUGGGAUCAGAAGGGUUAGGGAGGUCACCCUGCAAGAAGGACAAGGGAGGGUGGAAGCCAGGGUUGAGAUUUUAUACUUGUAGGCUGGCUACUGGUCUCAGAACUCUAAGCCAUAACAGCAUAGCAUUAAGGCAUCCAAAGCUUCAAAGCAGGUGCUGACAGAACCCCUUACUGGGUGAUCCCCAGAAAUGUACUAUUUGUUACUUGUAGGUGUUUGGAAAUAUAAAAAUGAUUAAAAACUGAUAUUCAUAGUAUUAAUCAUAGAAGUAAUAUGAACCAUUACAGAGAAUAAACCCCAAAGCUUCUCUGCUUUACACUUGAAUGCAAGUUUCUUUAAGAGAGUUAGCCUGUUUUUUACCCAUCCUGUAAGGAUUUUCCUAUCACGGUUAGAGAUUUGCACAUUGGCAAGCUUUGUUCUGUUUUCUCAUGUAACAGUGUCUUCUUAAAACACAAGAAUAACAUGGAAGGAUAAAACACUAAAGAAAGAGUCCUUCUCUAAAGAGCAGAGACUAACAAUUUCUGCAUAUGAGUUAGAUGGGAUUUUCCAUUUUUAAAGUUAUGCUGAAAUUCACAAAGAGACUCCUUUAGGAUGGUUUUAUCAGUAAACCAGUAUAAAACUAAGCAUUAUUGAGGGGUGAAAUCUCUUGAUUCCAACUAAAAGAUGAACCAGUACUCUUCUAUGAAUACCAGCUACAGUAAGCAUGUUUUAUGCCAUUUAAUUUAAAGGAGGUAAAAGACAAAAAACGUACUGUUCCAUCCGGCAUUUCUGUUAUCAUUUGAGGGAAUUUGCUAACUAGUUUGGACAAAUAAAAGAAG